CUCUGAAAGGUUCAGCCCGCGGGUGAGUAACUACAUCAAUACACAAUAUUUAUAAACAAACAGACUCGUCUUUUUGAGCCUCUGCCUGGCGAAGGAGGUACCAUAUACAACAAAUUCAAACAAAGGUGGCAGAUUGAAGCUGUGAAUAUGAGUGAUGAUAAACCAUUUCUCUGCACUGCUCCUGGCUGUGGACAGAGAUUCACAAAUGAAGACCACCUGGCGGUGCAUAAACACAAACAUGAGAUGACCCUGAGGUUUGGUCCAGCACGCAAUGACAGUGUCAUCAUUGCUGACCAGACACCAACGCCGACCCGCUUUCUCAAGAACUGUGAGGAGGUCGGACUGUUUAAUGAGCUCACCAGCCCGUUUGAGCAUGACUUUAAAAAGGCCACGGAGGAUGACAUUAAAAAGCUGCCCCUGGAUUUGUCUCCUCUAGUGACUCCUGUUGUCCGAAACAAAAUAGAGGAGCACCCAUCUAUUGAGUCUCACAGAGUCAGUCCACUCCCCCACCCUGAGUCUACUACCACUGAUGACAAGGAGGUUUCUUUGCAGCCGACCUUUCUUCCUCCAUCCACUAUAGUCCGUCCUGCUUCACUUCAAGUCCCCAGUGUACUUCUGGCCAGCUCUGAUGCUGGCGUUGUUAUUCAGCAAGCCCUUCCAUCUCCGACAUCUAGCUCUGUUAUAACCCAGGUCCCGUCCUCUAGUAGGCCGAUAGUUCCGGUGUCAGGUACAUUUCCGGUUCUUCUGCAGCUGCCAAAUGGUCAAACCAUGCCAGUCGCCAUCCCGGCCACCAUCGCCAGCUCCAGUGUCCAUAUACCCACUGCCAUUCCUCUGGUCAGACCAGUCACUGUAGUGCCUAGUGUCCCUGGAAUCCCCGGCCCCUCCUCUCCACAGCCUGUCCAAUCAGAAGCCAAGAUGAAGCUGAAGGCGGCCCUCAGUCAGCAGCUCCCUCAGGUAACCAAUGGUGAUGCAGGUGACAUCCAGAGCAGCUCAGCCAGCCAAACUCCGCCCCCAGACCCGCCUCCACCCGAAGAGCCCCGUCCAAAGUCACUACAGCAACCAGCUACAUCCACUACAGAAACUCCUCUGUCUCCAGCCCCAGCAGCCCAGCACACGACCAGUACAGGCGGGCGGAGACGAAGAACCACCAGCGACGAUCCAGACGAGAAAAGACGUAAGUUUCUGGAAAGAAACCGAGCGGCUGCGUCUCGUUGCAGGCAAAAGAGGAAGGUCUGGGUGCAAAGUCUGGAGAAGAAAGCUGAAGACAUGAGCACCGUGAACGGACAGCUACAGAAUGAAGUGACUCUUCUGCGUAAUGAGGUUGCUCAGCUGAAACAGCUUCUGCUGGCUCAUAAGGACUGUCCUGUGACACUCCUACAGAAGAAAUCAGGAUACCAUCUGCUUGAUAAGGAGGACAGCUGUGGGGAGAUGUCUGUUCCCAGCAGCCCACAGAACGAGGCCAUCCAGCACAGCUCCAUCAGCACAUCCAACGGCGUCGGCUCGUCCACGGCACUCGCGUCAGGACCCAAUCCAGGGCCCGCCGCAGAUCACAGCACAGAGGAAGAGGAGGAGUCACAUGUGGGCGGGGCUUCUGACACCCAGUCUUCAGGAAGCUGAUCAGGCCACUAUAGAAUCGCUCCCAGUGAUUCCUUGCAGCCAUGGUGAAAUGAAGGAGAGAGGAACAUUUUCCAGCUCUUUUCAAUCCAAUGCAUUUAUAUAAAGAGUGAGUACAGUAGAGGAAGAAAGCACUUGGAAGAUCAUGAAGCAGUUGUACUUGUGUUUCAGUGUGUGGUGUAUUUAUAGAGUUAAACACAGAGCUCCGAGUAAAGGAUGGAGAUGAAACACUAUCAGACGCUUAAAGAUGGAUGAACGGGUCACUUUAAUUUAUAUUUUGCACAUGAGGAGAGUGAAAGAUUUUUAAUUUUAUUGAUCAUUGAUCACGUGUUUGCUUUUAUGAGUAGCUUUACAAACAAAAUUAUUACAGCUGACCUGAAACUAACCAUCAGUCUUGAAAUAGUGAUAUGCUGUUGUGUGGAUGAUUCUUGGCUUGAAGUCUUUGGGAACGUCUUUACAUCAAUAUGGGUGUGAUUGUUCCUUGGACAGUGAUUGUCGUUAUUUACCAUCAAAUGCUUAUUUCUUUGUGUGCCAUUAUUUAUUUGUUGCAGGUUUUAUUUUGUAAUCGAAAUGUCAAUGUAUUUAUAAAUUAUGUUUAGUUAUUUCACUUUCAAUUAUAUUUAUGAUAAUAAUAUAGGUGAUAUUUCAUUAUUUUGAUAAGAAGCUUUAUGCUUGAUUUCCUUUUUGCUUGCUUAGAAAGUGCUCGACUUUGUAUUUGUGCUGUCUCGACUCUUACAAACCUUGAGAGAAAGAUGAAGUUCUUACACUUUGUUGUCUUUCUAAUUACAGUGUAAUUAAGGAAGCAUUGUAAAUGCCAUUACUGAUUCAAUUAUUAUAUAUGUGAUCUCUGGUACUAUGUUUGUCUUAGAAUCAUAACAACAAAUGUAAAAUGAAAACAUGAAGAAACUUUGAAAUGAGGCUUUAUCUGUGAAACAGGAACUAGAUCUGCUCCUUAAAAUAAAAACACGGAGACUCAUUUUAAGUUAUGAACUAAAGAUGUGAUUAGUCAGAAUAGGUUACAAAUAUUUCAUUAUCAUUACGUUGGAUCUACUUUUAUAUUUAAAAUGUCCUGGCUUACUACUGUGUAGUUUUACAAGACUUUGCAUUUUUUCACUUGUAGGUAUACUUUAAAUGUCUUUUUUGUUUUUUUAAAGGUAAUUUGUAUUGAGAUAUGUUGUGUGUUAACCUGCAUGAUGCAAUUCCUUGAGAGAUUUAGAGACAUUUUUUGAACAUAUCUAUGUAGGAUUACUGCAGUUGAACAUUUUGUUACUCUUACCCCUCGGUUUCACAGAUAAGGCUUAGUUAAAUUAAGACGUUUAAGUAUUUUUUUUUUAAACAUGCCUUAGUAAAGAUCUUACUGGUGUGUAUCUUAAGACAAAUCAAUGCCCCCGGGAUCUUUUAAGAUCUGUCAGUGCAAGUUAGUUUCAUUUGAGACAUCUCAAACAUGUGUUUUAGUCUUAAACCUCGUCUGUGAAACCGGUUACAUUUUUAAACCAGAAACAUGGCAGCUUUUCAACGAAGGGGUUUUUCUUAACUCUUGAGUCCAGUCGUCCAGGUAAAGGAUGUGAUAUUUAUUGUGCUGUAACUUGUGAAGGCUAUGUAUAAAAUAUAAAAAUGACUACAAUGUUGUAAUAAAUCUUUUAAUAGCUCUUUAAAGUUA